AGUCGCAUUUCAACUCUCAAAUACAAUAGUUCAUCAGCGUGAGUUUGUAAAAGAUAUAAUUGCAACAUGGAAAAAAUAACAAAUAAAUGUGCAAAUACACCAAAAUGGUUGUGUAAAGAAUUGUUUAUGGAUAUUUUGAAACGAAAAUUUAGUUGUGAUGAAAUUCAAAAUCUAAAAGUGUCUCCAGCAUUAUCACCAGGUGAAAACUAUGCAGCUGUGAUGCUACGCGUGGAAAUUGAAAUGAAUCUCACAAACACAAGCAAAUACGUGACUUUCAUGUUGAAAGUGCCACAUGAUAAAGAAAUGCUGAAUACACUAGUAAAGGAACAUAAACUUUUCGUUGUAGAAAAUGUAGUAUAUUUCGAUCUCUUACCACAAUUUGAAGAAUUAUAUCGGAAGUGUGGUGUUACUGUGAAAUUUGGACCACAAGCUUAUAAACUUGAAACAAAUGAAAACUAUGUCUUACUUGAAGAUUUGUGUCAAUAUGGCUUUAAAAAUGUCAAACGUCAAGAUGGUCUUGAUAUGCAGCAUACCAAAUCUGUACUUAGUAAAUUGGCUCAAUUUCAUGCUGCCUCGGCUGUGUACGUGGAAACUAAGGGAUUAUUUUCACCCAUGUUUACAGUUGGAGUUUUUACAGAAACCGUACGUGCUGAGGCUAAGACAUUACACAAUGGUUUUGUCAAUUCAUUUUUGAAAAUUUUGAAACAAUAUUUGGGAAAUGAAUACUACUGGGCAGACUUGGAAAAAUUUGUACCUCAACAAUUUGAUCUACAUUACCAAAUAACAAAAAUUGACUCAAAUGAUUUUAAUGUUUUGAAUCAUGGAGAUUGCUGGAUUAAUAAUUUUAUGUUCCAAUAUAAUGCCGAAAAAAGUAUACAAGAAACCUAUUUUGUAGAUUUUCAAAUACCGAAAUAUGGUUCCCCAGCACAGGAUUUAUUGACGUUAAUACUAUCUUCUGUCAACUACAGCUUAAAAAUUCAGCAUUUUGAUUAUUUUAUAAAAUAUUAUCAUGAAAACUUGGUUCAGAACUUAAACUUAUUAGGUUAUUCAAAAACAAUCCCAACUUUAAGGGACAUACAUAUUGCGCUUUUUAAAUAUGGUUUAUGGGGUUUCAGCACAGUUACUGGUGUCAUGGCUUCUGUCUUGGUGGAACCUUGCGAAAAUGCUACAUAUGAGAAUUUUCAUAGCGAUACGGCAGAAGGGCGUGACUUUAGAAAUAAAUUAUUUUCAAAUGUAAGAUAUCGAGAACAUGUUAAAAUAUUAUUACCGUGGCUUUACAAUCGUGGAGUUAUAUCAUCGUAAAAUAAUAUUUUUUAUAUAGUAUAUUAUAUAGUAUAGUAGC